AUGAAACAAAACCUAACAUUUGCUACUCUUUGGCCAGAUGAUAAUGAUUUCAUGUCAAUCGUUCAUCCACAUUGGCAUAAAUUUACUCAACCUGAUCCAUUGUAUUACUAUCUAGUAGGAAUUUAUAUUGGUAUUGUUGGUAUAUUAGCAGUAAUGGGAAAUUCUUUGGUAAUUACAUUAUUUCUUUUAUGUAAACAAUUACGAACACCACCAAAUAUGCUAAUAGUUAAUUUAGCUAUCUCUGAUUUUUCUUUUGCACUUAUCAAUGGUUUCCCACUAAAAACAAUCGCUUCAUUUAAUCAACGUUGGGGAUGGGGUAAAUUAGCUUGUGAGUUAUAUGGAUUUGCUGGUUCAAUAUUUGGAUUUAUUUCAUUAACAACAAUGGCUUUUAUUGCUUUGGAUAGAUAUUUAGUAAUUUCACAACCAUUUAAAACAUUUUCUCGUAUCACUUAUGGAAAAGUUAUAGUUAUGAUUUUUAUCACAUGGAUAUGGUCAGCAUUAUGGUCAAUUCCACCAUUUUUCGGUUAUGGUGAUAAGAAGGCAGAUAUUGAAGCUGCUAAAACGUCUAUUAUUCUUGUUCUUCUCUAUUUAAUGUCAUGGUCUCCUUAUGCCAUUGUGUGCUUAAUGACACUGGUUGGGAGUAGAGAUUCGUUAACUCCAUUUCACUCUGAGCUCCCUGUGUUAUUUGCAAAAACAUCUGCUGUAUACAAUCCUAUUGUAUAUGCAGUCAAACAUCCUAAAUUUCGUUUGGAAAUCGAGAAACGUUUUCCAUUUCUUAUUUGUUGUUGCCCACCUAAACCAAAGGAGCGAUUACAAAAUACAAUAGUAUCAAAAAUCCAGGUUUCACAGAUUGGAAUUGGUACUGCCAGUCGGAGUAAUGAAAAUACGCUGAACACAGUAAAACAAGAAAAUUAA